AUGAGACCAGGACCUGUUUUUGAGCAACUACCAGAGGAAAUUCUACAUUAUAUACACUCCCUCUUGACAGUGCAAGACGCAGCUCGUGCUGCAUGCGUGUCUCGUGGACUUCUACAUGCCUGGAGAUGCUAUUCCCACCUUAAACUCAACGAACAUACGCUUGCAUUGGCUGAUAAGACAGUUGAAGAACAAAAAACCUAUAUCAUAAAAAAAGUUGACCAAAUUCUUGAAAACCAUCACAACAAUAGGGUUAAGGUGGAGACACUUAAACUUAGACUUGUACAUGGCUCUUAUGGCCACAUCAAAGCCUCCAGCCUCAACAGGUGGCUCCAAAUCACCGUCAAGUCUGGGAUAAAAAAACUUGACUUGUCAAUACCUUUACAAAUCAAGAAAGAAUACAACUUCCCGUGUGCCGUCUUGUCUGAUGAGGCAGCUGCAAGUUCAAUCAAGUCUCUCCACCUCCACGGCUGUGCUUUUACUCCCACGUCGUCACUUGGUAUCUUGAGAAGAUUGACAUGUUUACAUUUGUUUUCUGUCCGGGUUACAGAGGAAGGGUUACGGUUCUUGCUCUCAAAAUCUCCUGUCCUAGAGAAGUUGGACAUGUACUUUUGUAGGGGGAUAGUAUGCUUGCGAAUAGCUUUCACGUUGCAGCAACUCAAAUACCUUAGUUUGAUACAUUGCACAGGGCUACAGUCAGUACAGAUCGAUGCCCCAAAACUUUGCUCCUUUCGCUCUGAUGAGAUUGGGAUCCUGAAAGAAAUUUGUUUGAGAAAUUCUUCUCAACUUAAGAAUGUAGAUUUGUCGAGCAUUUUUUUCUCUGAUGCUCGUGCCAGACUUCCAUCCAUCAUACCUAAUGUUGAGAGUGUUAUCCUGCAAUCACGACAGCCCUCCAAGUUCCCCUACCUCAAGAACCUGGAAAUCGAACUCCAUCCAGCAACAAUGCCCUUCCCUCCAAGCCAUGACAUAUUUUCUUUGGUUUCUUUUCUUGAUGCUUCUCCGGUCCUGGAUUCUUUCAUCCUACCGGUAGAGCAGGAUGCAACUACACCCGAUCUCAUUUCUGGAGAGGAUGAUGUGUAUACUAAACGAAAGCUAGAGUACCGACACGACCAUCUCAGGAAGGUGCUGAUCACAGGGUUCUGUCCAUCCCGAGCCUGGUCGAGCUCACGAUCCACAUCCUUGAGAGUGCAGCUUCCCUCGAGCGUCUGA